GGGGCACGCCGGGACUUCUGGCUGGCGGGAGGCAGCGGGCGCGCCGCGCACCGCGAGUAGGGGCUGCAGGAUGGUGAAGCUGACGGCGGAGCUGAUCGAGCAGGCGGCGCAGUACACCAACGCCGUGCGGGACCGCGAGCUGGACCUCCGUGGGUAUAAAAUUCCUGUCAUUGAAAAUCUGGGUGCGACCUUAGACCAGUUUGAUGCUAUUGAUUUUUCUGACAAUGAAAUCAGGAAACUGGAUGGAUUUCCUUUGUUGAGGAGACUGAAAACAUUACUGGUGAACAACAACAGAAUAUGCCGCGUAGGAGAGGGGCUUGACCAGGCCCUGCCCUGCCUGACGGAACUCGUCCUCACCAACAACAGCCUCGUGGAGCUGGGCGACCUGGACCCUCUGGCAUCUCUCAAGUCACUGACUUACCUAAGUCUUCUGAGAAAUCCUGUAACAAAUAAGAAGCAUUACAGACUGUAUGUAAUUUAUAAAGUUCCACAAGUCAGAGUGCUGGAUUUCCAGAAGGUGAAACUGAAAGAGCGUCAGGAAGCAGAGAAAAUGUUCAAGGGCAAGAGGGGUGCACAGCUUGCAAAGGAUAUUGCCAGGAGAAGCAAAACGUUCAAUCCAGGGGCCGGUUUGCCGACUGACAAAAAGAAAGGUGGUCCGUCCCCGGGGGAUGUGGAAGCCAUCAAGAAUGCCAUCGCGAACGCGUCCACGCUGGCCGAGGUGGAGAGGCUGAAGGGCCUGCUGCAGUCGGGCCAGAUCCCCGGCAGGGAGCGCAGAUCAGGCCCCACUGACGAUGGCGAGGAGGAGAUGGAAGAGGACACAGUCACAAACGGGUCCUGAGCAGCGAGGCCCAAGCUUCCACAGGCCCUGCGACACUGGCGUGGGACAAGCCCUACCUGUUGAAUGUGGAACAGUAGCCUCGUUUGUGUCAGCAGAGAGUUCCCGAGCAUUGUGGAAACGCUGCAAGCUGCUGCUGGUCAUUUUUUAAUAGAACAUUGGAAAUUUAGAUUCCUGUUUUCUACAAAGAGUAAAAAUAAAGGACACUCGCUGUGCUGCCAA